GUAAUUAUUCGCAUUUAAAUCGCUUUUUUGGCCUCAAAAGUGAGGGGGGUGGUCAUCUCAGAAAGUCCGUUGAGGCWCAUAUUUGGCCAUUCUUACUUAUAUUCGAUACCUAAUAAAUGGUAUAAGUUUGGGGUAAAUCGGCUGACCCCCAUCUUUUCACCCUGCCCYGUUUUCUCUGACAAUCACUCAUGUCUUCUUGUUUCAAGCCCUGGCAAAAAAGAAGCCGAAAUUCCAGCUGCAUUAAGCGAAGGAGCCGACAGCCGUCAUAUCUUAUCAAUAGCUCAGGACAUUAUUCAUGCUACAACACAUGGGCGUGUCAAAACACCAAAGCACGUGGGAUUGGCGAUGUCAGUACGUCUUAUCACGGGCUCGAAACAACUCAUCACUAUGCUCAAUCGACUUGGUCACUGUUUAUCGUAUGACGAAACUGAACGUAUAGAUACCAGUUUAGCUUUAGAAGUAACCGCAAAGUCUGAGGAUACCGGCGUCUGUAUCCCGUCCAAUAUUGUACCUGGAGGCUUUGUACAAGUGGCUGCCGACAACAAUGAUAUCAAUGAAGAAACUCUUGAUGGCAAACAAACAACUCACGCCACCACAGUAGUCCUCUAUCAAAGAAAGCAAUAUGGACCAGAUCCCAAACCAGCUGUUUAUUCUAAACAGGAAGGAAAAAGAAGAUCUCUCGACAGUGUGUAUCUGACACAUGAAAUGUUAUAGUUUAGUGCACACGGUAAACGACCAGACGUAAAGUGUUACAAAGAUAAGAUUAAUGAAGAGUGGUUUAAGUACGCGGACAGUAGUCAAAGGCUAUCUGCUAUCCAUAUGGAUCUUAGUUGGUUUUUAACAAGAGUUUGUUCCGACCGUUUGUUUGACGUACAGGCUUCCGACCAAUCCCAAGAUACAGUACAGCAAUCACAAGUUCCACCCAGUUGGAGUGCAUUUAAUGCAAAGAUCUCAGAGAAGKCCUCAGCUGUAACCUCUAUUGGAUAUUGUCCAUUUAUAAAUGGUUCUCCCACAGAAUACAGUACCAUAUACACAACAAUGAAGAAUGUUCAGGCCAUGAUGCACGCACUGGGACAAAGAAACACUGUUAUAACAUUUGAUCUUGCAAUCUACAUGAAGGCAAAAGAAAUCGAAUGGAGGAGGCCUGAAGAGUUUAAGAACACAAUCAUCAGGAUGGGUGGCUUUCACAUAGCCCUUGACUUUCUAUCAGUCAUUGGAAAGAUGUUUCAAGACAGUGGAAUUGAAGAUAUGCUGAUAGAAUCUGGUAUCUACGGCUGCAACAAUGCAUCUGCUGUACUCAAAGGGAAGUCGUAUAAUAGAGGAGUACGAGCCCACAAGCUUCUCAUGGAGAUAAAUAUAUAAUGUGAACCUCUUUUAAAUCCUUGUUAGCAGUUUUUCUCUUCAUUUUUUUGUAAUCCUUUUUAAACAAUAACUCACUGUAACUAUUAAUAAGUUUAAUCAUGUUGAUGCUUGUAGGCUUUAUUGAGACUACAGUGGCAAGUGUUCAGUCAAUGGAUUAGAGAUGAAGAUUCCAGUUUGACAAGAGAAGAACACAGCUACAUUACUUUAAUUCAAGCUUGUCAAAGUUCCAUAAAUGACAAAGUACCUUUGCAAGCCUCAUUUGCUGCCCUCUGUGAGAAGAUACCYAAAUUACGAGAACUCUUUUCAAAGUUCAUCAAACACGCCUGCAAGCAGUCCAAGCUCUUUCAUUUCUGGGACAAAUACCUUGAAGCAGUGAUGGUCUUACUUCGAUUCAUCCGAGCAGAGCGAGAGGGUUCUUGGAGUCUACAUCUCACCUCAGUAGCAGAAAUGGCUCCAUAUUUUUUUGCCAUGGACCGAAUUAACUAUGAUUCAAGGUAAAUAUAAUGUUUGGCGCACAGUAUGACUGUUAUUGGAUUCGAUUUGCAUUGAUUUUAUUUCAAGAUGGCUACCUGUCUUACAUUGCCGAAAUGCAGCUGCUGCCUACAAGUGCCCCAGAGGUAUAUAAAGAAUUCUGUAACGGCGACCAUGUCAUUGCUAGAUCUAGUCAACCCUUUGGUCAAGUGUGGACUGAUAUGGCACUCGAACAGAGGAUAAAUCUUGACAGCAAAUCUUCUGGUGGUAUAGUUYGCAUCACCCAGAAUGCUUCUGCUCUCGAAAGAUGGUUCCUUACUAGUCAUGAACGUGCAGCGAUAACUUCUGCUACGAAGAAUAUGUGUCAACUCGAUGAUACCAGCAGAGUUGGUGGUCACAAAGAGUCAAGCAACCAAAGAAUUGAUCGAGAUGAGUCAGACAUACAGAGGCUUAUCUGCACUAUAAAGACGACGAUGUCAAAUCCGUUUGAGCUUACCGAAUGUUCACCAGAAGAUCCAAUCCC